CUGUAGCUACGCGCUAGGCUAGGCAAGCAGUAUGGCGGAGCAAGAGAAGGAAUUGGAGUUAGAGGUUUUAAAAAAAGAAUUGGAGAGUUUGUUUGUCAGUAACUCAAGUGAACAAUACGGACUCCAAAGCAAGUUAUAUUGUGUACAGUUCUGUAAGUUGGUAGAGGUCUAUACAGGGCGAUGGCAGGUGCCCUUGCCACAGCUACAGGUUCUUCAGACGGCUCUGAGUUCCUUUGUCCAGGCGUCGGCUGGCUUCCCAUGCACCUGUGAGCAUGUCCACUACACCCUGAGCAGUCUGGCCUUGAGUGUUUUUGAACUCUUGCUGUUUUUGAAGAAAGAAAACUUCGUGCAGGAUCCAUUGAAAGACAUCCUUGAUUCAUUCCAGGAAUGCUUUUCCCACCUGGAUAGACACCAGAACAUCCACCUGCUGCAGGUGAAACAAAUCAUCAGAGAGAAGGGACCAUGGGCCAGCCCUGUACUACAGGCCAUUCUGAAGGACACCGCUCUUCCCCAGGAUGAAGUGGAGCGGUACAUAGGCUCAGAGGUGCCGGUCUUCUUCGAGCUGCGUGUUCGUUACCUGCUGUCCUGUUUCAUGAUCCAGGAGGCUGUGGUUCUGGCGAAGACGUGCUCCCAACACCUGACUGCUGGGCGAAACCUAUUCUUCCUGCAGGCCUACCUCACCUGUCUCUGCAAGGCCUCGCUCUAUGAUCACAUGCGCAAAGAGAUGUGGGAGGUAGACGGUAAGGAUGCGGUGGAUAUUGUUUGCAACACGGAGCGAGAGGAGAGCGACGACACGCUGCUGGCCCUCUGUAGGGCCUUUCUUUCCCAGCAGCUACUCAAUGGAGACAUGUACUACAUGUGGGAUCUGGUGUUCAUAUGGAGUAAACUCUGCCUACGGGUCAACCCCUCCAAGCAGGCCUUACUGGAAGAAAGCCAUCAGCUGCUGCUGUCUGCAACUGACAUCAAGUCAAUUUUCCCUUUCAUGAGAGUUAUCCUUGCAGAGCUUGGAAAGGAUGGUCUGCAGUUCUGUGUGGAGCUCUGCACCCAUGCCCUCCAGACAGACCGCUGUGACACAGCUACCAAAUCCCUACUCUACAAGACCGUGGCCUACCUUCUGCCCAACGACCUGGAGAUCUGCCGGGCCUGCGCCCUCCUCGUGUUCUUCCUGGAGCGCACGGUGGAGGCCUACAAGACCGUGUUCCUCCUCUACACCCACCCUGAUGAGGAGUACUACGCUGAGGCUGGCCCCAUCAGGAACCAUGUCCGGUUUGAGAUACUCCAGACCCUGAAAAGGGGACUUUACUUUGACCCCGAAUUCUGGAACCUUUUGAAUCUCCGUACCAACUGCCUAAAGCUAAUGAGCGAGAAGAAGGCGGCCUUGGCAAGGAUCAUGGAGGAGGAUAAGUGGGUGUCCAGUUACUGUAGCAACAUCCCCAAAGAGACCUGCCGUGGCUGGGCCACUGAACCGUCUGAGCAUUUGCAGACUAGACAAGUCGCUGAGACUAAACAACCACAGAUGAAACAAGCUCCAGUUAAACACAUACAGAUUAAACCCUUUCAUCAGGUAACGGAGCCCAAGAAGCGUUUUCACAGAGACGAGAAGAAUAACGCCUCGACGGCACCAGUGGACGGCAAACGUGUCAAAACUCAAAGUUCAGAAAAGACUGUUGGAAAGACCUCUGCUGUCGAGCCACCGCGGCAGCCAGUCAGUCACCUGACACCGGCAAUGGCAAGACAAGCCAAAACAAAGUCUGCAAAAAAGGUUGAACCCCCUGUAGUUGUUGAAGAACAACCUGUUGUAAAAAGGAGAGGAAGAAAGCCUGGGCCGAAGCCAAGAAUGCGGUCACCUGUAAGAGUGGACUCCUCUGCCGAGUCCUCAGUCAGACGGUCCGUCAGACAACUGGACACGGUGCAGGAUAACCUUGAUCGGCAAGGCACUCCCAUACAACACAGGCACAUGACCCGACUUUCAGAAAAGAAACCACCCAAGCGACUGGGUAGAAAACCUCGCUGGCUUCUGGAGGGAACCUUUCAGGCUGAGACCAGUGCUCCACGGAGAGGUCGGAAACCAGGUCGGAAACCUCAGCAGCAGAAGACCCAGGUGGCGGUGGAGAAGGCAAAGAACUCACCGUGUCAGUCUAGUUCAGUCAAGGAAACUAAAACCAAACCGAAGAAUGCAGGUAACUCACAAAGCAACUCACCGGCUGCUUGUUUAGCAGCGAGGGAACCAGAAUGUACAAGUGAGGACAUUCCUGAUGGGAACCAUCUACCUGCGGUAUCUCUUGCUCCUGACUUGAAGUUGGAGGUCUCGCAACCUGACAAUGAACUGGUGGUUUUCCCUGAAGAUCAACUCAGAAGACAAGGACUGGUGUUUGUAAACUGUGAUCUGUCUAAGCCGCCAGCCCCGGCACAGUUUCAGGAAAAGGAUCGAUUUAGAGAAGAGUUUAUCUUCCCUACUCAAAACCCCAGUCUCUUCAUACAGCAGUUGCACAGCUAUGCACGGGUGCUUAAGACGGAAGGUGUUUCUGGGAAUGCUGAAACCUGUGCGCUGAAACCGACAGAUGUCCGUCCCUACCUGAACCAAAGUUGUCUGCCAGAGCUAGAUGCUGCAUCUGCUGUAUUUUACCAGAUGUCAGCAGUGGAAAUGAAAGGUGAGGUCUCCUCACAAACUGCCACUCCAACAGCCACUGCCAUGACCGUCACAUCACAAGGGUUCUUUAUUGACAAAGAUGCUCAGCAAAAAUGUAUUCCAUUCCAUGCCACUACGAAUGUCAUGAACUCAAAUAAUCCAGGUAGAAGAAGAGCACGAAUAUUGAAUAUUGAGGGUCCAAAAGAACCAACAAAAGUUAUUAACGUUCCUAAAGAGCUGACGUCUACUGAAGUCAGUGAUGUUCUAGAAUCCUCAUCAAGGGAAACAGAAGUUACUGAUAUUCUGAAAGAGGCAAUGAGUAUUGCAAACAUUGGUUUGGAGGAAGCCAUGAUGGAUGACACUGACACUGGCAUCUCUGACAAGGAUAUUCGAGUGCUUGUUGAUCCUACUCCUACUUUUUGCUGGCUGUCUAAUACCUCAAUGAAUGCAUUUGCCAGAGAAUUUGAAAAGUUUGCCAAGGGUAAGGACACAGUGGUUUUGGAAAACCAUGAGGCUGUGACAGCCCAAGCUACAGGUAAUAUAUUGCGGAAAACCUUGGCGACGUCACCAUCACUGGAAGACACCCUUCAGGACAUCAUCCCAGAGAAUGCCCCAAAAGUCAAUACUGAACCGGUAGUUGUUCAUAAGGACACUUCAUUAGUAAAACAACUGAACCCAAAAGUCACAGAUGCCUUACAGGACACCCAGACAGGAGUAGAACAUCAAAACAUCCAACAGGUCACAGGACUGGACACAAAUCCAAAGGACAUCCCAACACCAUUUGAGUACAUCCCACAGAUCACUGAUGACACCCGGCAGCUUGAGGAACCUCUUAAAGUAGCUGUACUUCAGAGGUCCAUGUGGGGUAUAAUCCAUACAGUGGACUCACCAGAGGACAACACCCCCAAAUUUACCAAAGUAUUUUCAGAAAAUGCUCAGAAUAUCCAACAGCCAACUGAAGACAACAUGAAUGCCACAAUGGGCAACAGAACGGAGACCUUGCCUAAAGUCACUGCAGAUGCCCUACAGGUUACUGAGGACAGAACAAAAGCUACUGUUGAUACUGCAAUGGUUUCUACAGGUAACAAAUCAGAGGUUGUUGAGGUUUUCCUACAGAACAGAGAUGACACUUGUCCUCUGAAGAGCCCGCAGAAAACGCCACAAGACACUUCAAUGACCACUGGGGAUUCUGGACACUGCCAAAUUGCCACUGGGGAUUCUGGACACUGCCAAAUGGUCACUGUGGAAACUACUGAUGUCCCAAUAGUAACAGUGGACUCAGGAUACUGCUUAAUGUUCACAGAGGACGUCCUGAAAAUCUCUGAGAAUGUCCUGAAAGAUUCCAAAGAUGCCUCAAAGGAGUGUAAAGACAUUCUACAGAACACCCAAAUGGUCUCUAAAGAUGCUUGCAUCCCUAGGGAUCGAGCGCGGGUCAAUGAUCACCCCGACAAGGAUAAUACUGAUCCCUCAAAGGUAACUGAUGUUGCUUCAAAGCACCCUGAUGACUCCCCAGAGAACCCCUCAAUGGUCACUGAAGAUAAUAUUGACAGCCCAGAAAUAUGUGGGACUGCUCCAGAGCCAACUGGAGAUCCUUCAGAUGUCAAUGAAGACACCCAGCAAAUCACUGACCUGUCAGGGAUCGUGGAAGACACCCCGAAAGUCACAAAGGGUGUCCCACAUAAUACACAGGACAACUCAUUGGUCACCUCAAAUGUCUCCAAAAGUGCUCACACUCCAAAGGUCAGCAAAGACACCUCAAAAGACCCUGACUACAUGCGUAAAGUCACUAAGAGUACCCCUAAAAUCACAAGAGAGACCCCACAGAAAGGACAGGACUCCCCAAAGGUCACUAAGGAGGCCGUGGUCUCUAGGGAUACCUUGCAAAACCCUGAAGGCAUCCCACAGGAGACUGGGGAUGGUCAACUGGCGUAUCGCUGCAGUCUCUGCAACAAGAUUUUCAAUGGCAAUGCCCAUGUCGCAGCCCAUGCCAUGUACCACUUCCGCAGAGACCAAUGUAUGUUCUGUAGGAUGCUGUUCAAAAAUGACCUCAUCGCCAUGAUGCAUCUGUCUGAACACAUUGACAAGUUGAAGAAAGGAAACGUUCAUGCUGAUAUUCAAGGGGUCCAUGAGAACUGUCCACCUGGGUUGCCUGAAAAGCCUGAACGCUCUGCACAGAAGGGUAGACGGGGACGCAAAAGGAUCUCCGUACUCUCCACAGAUACCAGAGAAUCAUCUCCACCCAAUUGCAGAAAACUGCGGUCUACCAAUAGGCUGUCGACCGACCUUCAUCCAGAGACUAGAGUGGAAACCGAAGAGUGUGAUGCCAAGCAGUCGAUAGAGAGGGUCAAUGGACACAUAGGUAAAAGACGGGUUAAGGUUGAAGGAAUGGAGCAUGAUGGGGAUUUUCAAAGACCAGAGCAGAAACAGCAAAAGGAGGAGCAAUCCUGUCUGGAGACGAGGGAAGAACCUGUGGAGCACUCUACUACUUCGGUAAAGAUUGCAACAUGGGAACAAAAUGGUGCCUCUUCAAAUCUAACAAAGACUUUAAAAGAGGUGAAACCCUGCUCCUCAGCAAAGACAGUGGAGGCUAAAACAGGAUCUGCGUCUUUAGCGACAGGACCACAGGAUAGGCUUUCUGUUUCCCCUAUUGAGACCUCGGCCCAGGGGAAGGAAUCUUCCGGUUGCUGCCCUGUAGAGGGAUGUACUGAGACAUUCCCUGGAAAAAUGCGCUCUAUCCUCGGUCAUAUUCUGGACGAUCACCGUAGCGAUACCAAAUGCUUAGAAACUGCGUUUUGCCACUGGAAUGGAAAAUGCAGUAUUUGCCAGAAGCCUGGUUUGACUUUGCAGCAUUACCAGCACCACGUGGAACAGCACAGAGGAAGUCCCCGACAUCCUUGUCUACACCGUGGGUGUAAAGCCCGGUUUGGCGCUGUGGCAGAAAUGAGAAAACAUGCAAAGACUCACCAGCCCCUACAGGCGGUAUGUUGUUUCCCAGGAUGUAAGGAGCAGUUGGGUUGUUUUUUGGAACUUAACCGUCAUGAGCGAGAACACUAUCCUCUUCCAAAGGAACAGACUUAUGUCCCUGUUGUUGGUUCUACUUCUGUAAAAGAGACAGAUGAGCUACAUCAGAUGGGUGAAAAGGGGAGAUGGGAUCGUAGAGAAAAGGAAACAUCAACUGCUGCCUCUGCUACUACUGUAAAGGUAACUAGGAAGUGUAAUUUGACCAAGAAGGAAACUCAGGUCAUUGGGAAACGGCAGGUUCGUAAAUCCAGGAAUAACAAUCCUCACCCUGUUAUCACUGGAAAGGCGAUCGAUAAGUUGCAGGGUAAGAGGAAGCUGUGUAUCGGUAAGAAAGUGAGUACCUCAACAUCUACCACCAAAGCUAAACAAGCUGAAAAAGUGACCAAGAAGUUAAAGAUGAUGAAUAAGUUAAAGAAAGCACAGGCUUCAAAGAGUCGGCACAUUAGCUCAGAAAAGGACACCUCAACUCCUCCCAGCAUAACCACCACUGCUCAAAAAGUUACCAAAAAUGUUAAGGUGAUAAAUAAGUUACUGAAGAUGCAGGUUAUUAAGAAAAAGACUAUUAGCAAGAAAAUGUAUCCCCUGAGUAGUCAAGCUACUGAUGUGACAAAAAAAUUGAAGGUGACUGAUGAUUUCAAGAAAACCAAACAGGCUUUACGGAAAACCAGUGUAGGAACUAAACGAGCUGUACUGAAACCAAGUGUAGGAACAGAAUCUACGAAGGCUUCAGGUGUUGAAACUGAUGUGGACACUGCAACACCUCCCUCCACAGAAUCCAAUUCAAAGAAUUGUGAACCAAGAAACACUAAAAUUACUCCUCCCCAAACCUGUAAAACAACUCCAAAAACCCCUAAAACUACACCUUCAAAAUCCACAAUCAAGGAAGAGGUCGUAAAAAACGCUUAUAUUCGGCCCCUGCGCUCAGCACACCUAGAUGAGAACUACACUACUGUGACAAAACGCAGGAAAGUGACGUCCUGGGUACCUCAACACUCUCAAGCACACCUGGAUGCAAUGGAGGCCACGCCCACUACACAACCCAUCCAGAGGCUUGGUGCGAAGAGACAAUGGGCUCGUAGAGAAAAGGCAUCCACUACUAAUACAAAGGUAACCAGGGAGUAUAAUUUGACCAAGAAGUUAGAGGAAUUCCCGGUCACUAAGAAACCACAGGUUCGUAAAGGCCAAAGUCCCCCUACUGCACAUCCCCCUGCCAUCACUGUAAAGGCGACCAAUGAAUUUAAGGACUUGCGGGUUACCAGGAAGUCGCGUGUUAAGAACGUUAGCACCACUGAACAAGCCGAAAAAGUAACCAAGAAGUUAAAGAUGAUAAACAAUUUAAAGAAAGUGCAGGCUGCAAAGAGUCGGUACGUUGGCAAAAAAAAGAGCUCCUCAACUCCCCCAAUAACCUCCUCCACUACAACUUCUAACCCAAUCAUCUUGGCUGAAAUUGUUACCAGAAAGCCAAAGCUGACCGAUGAGUUAAAGAAAAAAAAACGGCAUGUACAGAAACCAAGUCUAAGACAAGACCCCAAAAAUACAGACAGUGUUGACAUGGAUACAAACCCCCCAACUGUCCUUCCCACCACAGAAUCAAAGUCCAAGAACUGCAAACCUCAAAACACUAAACCUACCACUUCCACACUCCCUUCAGGUUCUUCUACUGCACCUCCCACAUCACAUACUGUUACUCCUACAACCCCUCCCCCUCUCAAAACCCCUUUUUCUCCUUCCUCUCCCAAAACCCUUACUACUCUUUCCAAAACCCCUAUAGCUCCUCCCAAAUCCCCUGCUGUUACUCCCAAAUCCCCGAUCAGGAAAGACGAGGGGACAACUUCGUUUUAUGGAAUGAUUGGCAACAAGCCCUAUAUCCGCCCUCCGCCCACAGCCUACCUAGACGAGAGUUACACCACCAUGCAGAAACGAAGGAAAGAGAUGUCCUGGGCUCCUCAUCAUUCUCCAACGCAUCUGGAUCCAGUAGAAGCUGUGUUGGCUGUCCAGAGGCAGCGGUGUACCAAAUGUUUUCUGCCUUUCAACAGUCCAGAGGAGCUCCAAACACACCUGUCACUGAAGAAAUGCACUGCUCUCUUUGGCUUUGAUGACUCUGAUGAAGACGGUAACCGUUGAAGUAGAGAAGAGGACAUCUGAGGACCUGCUGCUAGGGGUUGAACCCCUCCCAACCCUGCUACCUUAAUGAGUAGGAUUCUUACAGGGUCGACCUUUACUGGACCCACAGGGCCCCGCUUGUGGCUGAGGCCAGCUGAUGGCUACAAGAGAACCAACAACAUUCAGGGUUGUGACCUUCCAUGUUCUGUCCCCGUCUAGCAUAGAUCUGACUGUUGACCUGCUAAGAUCUGUGAUGUUCUCCCUUAAAGGUCAAUGGUUGUCUGAACCUGAAUGGUUAAUUUUAUUAACUGGUUGACUAACUGACCAGGAGGCAUUUCUAAAGUAAAGCCAGGAUUCAUGUGAAGGACUUGGGUUAGGAGUAUGGACAUUUAAUAAUUCUAUGUUUAUUCGUUUUUUUAUUGUAUUUUCUUUGGACUCAGGAAGUGCCUGGACCCAACCUGCUACUGCUUCUUCCUGCUUCUCUUCCAUUGGUCAGCGGUCCAGGGACUGCAUUCCAAUUGGCAGCCUAUACUGUACUAUAUGUAGUGCACUACUAGACAACAUUAGUGCACUAUAAAGGCAAUAGGGUUCAGUUUGGGACACCCCAGGGAGUUAUGGCUGGGUCACGGAAUGACUCGUGAAGCUGUGAGAACUGAUUUUACACAGUCAAAAGACAGCAGGGAUAUUAACUACAUUGUUUCAGAUAUUUAACACAAUUAUUUUUGGUUGUUUUGCUUCUGUGCUUCACCUUUAUUCUGCAGUUAAAAUACAGUAUUCCACCUUUGUCUCUGAAUUGUGCGAAGCGUCUUAUAAUUUACGUUACACUGCUUUGAUUAACUGUUGUGCGGAAAACAAUAUGAACGUCAACACCACUGAAAGUACAUUUGUUUUUAAAUCAGAGGAGUAUUAUUAGCUAUAAUGCCUAAAAAUAAUUUAAAUGUAGCUACUGAAUCUCAUUUUCAAUAAAUGAACAUUGCUUUUUUUUUGUGUAGUGAACAUCACUUCAGAUAAAAUUAUACUUUAUUGCACAAAGUUUCAUGUUGUCUGGGAUGAAUUGACAUGUUGGCAGUUAAUCUGCACACAACCAGAAUUGGUUUAACUGUUCAUACAGUAAAUCUAUGGCUUGUGUCCCAAAUGACACUAUUCCUUAUAUAGUGCACUCCAGGUCAGAGCACAUAGGGCUCUAUUCUAAAGUAGUGCAUAUAAAAGGGAAUAGGUCAGGGUGUCAUUUGGGUUUAGAUAUCUAUGUCAUUGAGGUCAGAAAUGUAUGUGAAUUAAUUUACCCAUGUGUCCCUAAAACACCAGGGCUAAAUCUUAGGGCUGUGGGUUCAUCAGUUUAUAUUAGCUUCUCACAUGUUAGAACAAAGUUAAUGUAAAAAAAAAAA